AUGAGCGAGGAGCAGCCACGGGCGGUGCGGAUCGGCAGCUACGAGGUCAGCGGCACCAUCGGCGUCGGCACCUUCAGCAAGGUGCGCGUCGGCCGCCACCUCCCCACCGGCGAGCCUGUCGCCAUCAAAAUCAUCGAGAAGAAGAACAUCCGGGACGACGCGGACCGGCAGCGCCUCAACCUGGAGAUGCGCAUCCUCCGCAAGAUCCGGCACCCCAACGCCAUGCAGCUCUUCGAAAUCAUCGAGACUGGCAAGCACCUCUUCCUAGUCUCGGAACUGAUCGCCAACGGCGAGCUCUUCGACUACAUCGUGCACCACACGCUGGAUGAGCGGGUGGCCGCCCGCUUCUUCCAGCAGCUGCUCUCGGCGGUCGAGUACCUGCCGCUCGGCAUCGCGCACCGCGACCUCAAGCCCGAAAACCUGCUGCUCGACGAAAAGAACAACGUCAAGGUGGUGGAUUUCGGGCUGAGCAACGUCUACGCGGACGGACAGCUGCUCCACACCACCUGCGGCAGUCCUUGCUACGCGGCGCCCGAGAUGAUCGCCGGGCAGCCGUACCAGGGGCUGCAGACCGACGUCUGGAGCUGCGGGAUCGUGCUGUACGUGGUGUGCGGCUACUUGCCCUUCGAGUCCACCGAGAACAACACCCAGAUGUACAAGAAGAUCAUGGGCGUCUACAAGAUCCCCUCCUUCGUCUCGCCCGUCGCGCGGGACCUGCUCACCCGGAUCAUGAACGUUGACCACUGCCACGCGCUACACCAUCCCGGAAAUCAGGGCCCACCCCUUCUGCAACCCUCCGCAGCCUAUCAUCCCCGGCAUUCUGCCCCACUGCCCGCCCCUCCGCCUGCACCAGCCCUCGCUCGCCCUGGCUGA